CGGAUCGUGGACCGAGUUGAUAUUCAAUUGCACACCGAGCUAUGUGUCGCGUUACGGUUUCUGGCGAUUUUCGUUGAAACACACCUACCUCUGCCUACGUCGCCGGUAAAGAGAUUUAUUAAAUUUUUCUAUUUACCGCCGAAGCACUGUUAAGUCUAAGUACCGUCAAUACGAUUUUGAUUUUUUUUUUUUUGUAACAUCCGUUUUGAUUUCGUACUCGUGCACAUUAAUACAUAAUAUAGUGUCGUAACGUUUUGGGCAAUAAUAAAACAAAAGUAUCCAACCGGCAUUCGACGAUGGCGGCCACGUGGUAUUCCGCGGUAAUGGUGUUACUGGCAGUCGGAAGAGGCCUGGGCAGGCCCGAACCACCCGUGACCGGGUUCGGCGGCGGCGGAGGAGGCCUGCAACUGGACAGCUAUGCGGCGCCCAUAAGCGGCGGCGGUAGCGGCGGGUCUUACCCAAGCGGAGGCCCACCACCGCAGUACGGGCCGCCUCAGCAGGCGCCCGUCAUACACAAGCACGUGUACGUGCACGUUCCGCCCCCAGAGCCCACGUACUACGCGCCCAAGAGGCCUGUGCAACCACCACCACCGCCCCAAAAACACUACAAGAUAGUGUUCAUAAAGGCGCCAACGCCGCCACCCCCGACCGCGCCAGAAAUACCCGCCAUCGCGCCACCUGCCGAACAGAAAACGCUUAUCUACGUUCUAGUGAAGAAACCCGACGAAGCGCCAGAAAUCCACAUUCCCACGCCGGCACCGACGCAACCAUCCAAACCCGAAGUGUACUUCAUCAGAUACAAGACACAGAAACAAGAAGGCUACCCCAACUCGGUGGCUUCGGAGUACGGGCCGCCGGCCAGCCCGUCGCCGUCGAUACCUUCGGAUACUUACGGGUCCCCUUCGCCAUCGACCGGAUAUGGAGCGCCAACUGGUUCCGGUGGUAGCGGACAUCUGUUCUAGAGUUCACCGCUUAAAAGAAGAAAAAAAAACAAACCUGAAUCGUGCAAAAAACAAAACAAAAAAUCAUAAAUAAUACCCAAAAAAAAAAAAAAAAUGUGUUUAACCGCAAUCCAUUUAGAAAUCAAAUAAUUCCGGAGGUGGGCAUUUUCAUAAAAAAUGUCGAUACAUCUAUAAAUCAUAAUGUGUCUAUAUAAAACUGCAUCUUUGGUGUAUUACGUUUAAAAAAAAAAAAAAAAGAGAGAAUAUCUUAUUGAUAAUUUGGACAAUCGAUCAAUCUAACGUAAUUGAUAAUUUGACACUUUUUGCCCAUCUCUGCCCGUAAUACCAAAGCCGUUAUUACAACAAUACAAUAUACAAAAUAUAUUAUUACUAAUAAUAGUAUGUAAAUAAUAGCUAUUACCGACUGGCGGAAGAGAAUCGCAGGUUCAUCAUAAAAAAAAAAAAAAAACGUUGAAAAGUAAUCAUUUAUUUUUUUUAUAUAAUUUACAUUUUUUUUUAUACGUGUUGCCAUAAAAACAUAGUUAGCGUAGACAGAAAAAAAAAACAUGAAAAUCAGAAACUCAUUAGGGUCGUCAUACCGAUCGGUAUUGUAUUACUAUAUUAUGCAUAGCAUGCGGUAUAUCAUUCUUCGAUCGCCGUUAUAUAUAGUAAAUAAUAUAUUAUACAAAAAAUACAUUGACAAAAAAAAAAAAAUAUCACAAUCGUAGCGGUCCAUUCAUAAAAUUAAUAAUAAACCAACAAACUUCAUGCCCUUUCUCCGGCGCGUUUUACUUUUUUCUCUCAAGGCGUUCGGGAUGAAUGCUACAUUUUUCUUUUCUCAUCAUCAUAAACAUAUUUAAAUAUAAUACAUUAUAAUAUACAUAUUAUAUGCUCUUUCGUUCUAUUAUAAUACACAUACAAAUAGUGUUUAUUGUGCACCGGACGCUCUCCGUUUAGGCAGGUAAUUAUUAUGAAUGCGCACAUGUGAGAGAAAGUGAACAUAAUAUAACAUCACAACAAACGCGAGCCCGGUAGUAGCUGGUCACUGCAUAAUAACGUUACAUUGUAAAUAAUAUAUAUAUAUAUAUAUAUAUAUAUAU